GAAUGAUCAAACCAGCUGUAGGCAGUAUGCUCAUUAGCUUACUGGAUGUGUAGGCUUUAGCUUAUAGAGACAGUAGCUGCCAUUUGUUUUGUGCUACAUAUUUCACAUUUUCAUACAUUAGUAUUUGUGUGUUUAUAGAAUUUUGCCAUAAAUUGAUGGCUACUGCUUCCCAAACACAGCUACUGUUGCAGUAUGGAGAGAUGUACUCUUAUGAGAAUCGACUAAAAACAUUUUCAGAGUGGCCAUUUAAAGACAACUGCAAGUGUACACCUGAAAAUAUGGCCAAGGCUGGCUUCAUCCAUUGUCCAAGUGAAAAUGAACCAGAUGUGGUAAAGUGCUUCUUCUGUUUAAAAGAGCUUGAAGGAUGGGAACCUCAAGAUGAUCCAUGGCUGGAGCAUGUACAUCGAACUAGUUCAAAUCCCUGUGGAUUUGUGUGUCUGCAGAAGGAUGUAGAUGAAUUGACCAUGGAAGAAUUCUACAGGCUGGAGCUUGAGAGAGCAAAAUUAUUUCUGGACCAUACCAUCACUGCAAAAAUCCAUCAAUUUGAAGAGCAGAUGGUACAAACAAGAGAGAAUCUCAUCCAGUGUUUUACCUCAACUGGGGACAGCAGAGAUGGGAAGAAGAUGUCUAAUGGCUGAGAAGGCAUCUCUUGCCUAGCAAGGCAUAUCUGGUACAUUUUCUCACUUCACCUUCACACAGGUAUAUGGAUGGAACUGGUUUCUGUUUCCCUGUAUGCAUUAUCCCAAUUCCUAAAAUCCUUUUUUUUUUUAUUGUUUCCGAGGCUGUAUGAAUUAAUUUACAUUUAUGAAACCAAUUUUGUUGAAUAAAAACAUCACAUUUUCCAUCACAUUGUUAGUUACACCUUCUGAAUUUUAAUUAUUUGUAUGUUAACAGGAUGAACGCUGAUCAAUUAUUUAGUUUUGAUGCACACAGUUUUUUAUAGCAGCAUUCAGACUAUACAUGCAUAUUUUAAAUAUGUAGUUAGCCAUUUAUCAAUUUCAAAUUUGCAUACCAUGUAUUAAUUUAAGUACUUGAUUAAAGGGACGUAAAAUAUUCAUGUCCUAGAUAUGAAAAUGCAGUACACCCCCACCAUGAUUCAGCCUAAUGAAGAGCAGUGGACUUCAAUCUCCAAAGGAAAUUAAUGUUCGUUUUUUAUCCUGGAAGACUGCAACAUUCUUUGACUAAACAAGGCUGCAUUUAAGCUACUGUGUUGUGUUUUUUUAAACAUUUGUUUAUUGGGUCAUAGUUGAGUACUAAUGUAUUUGAAGCUUUUCAUUCUUGUAUGAUGAAUGUUUACCUGGAUGAAUUUUAUUUUAAAAAUAUGAACAUGAAAUGGUUGCUAUAGGGUGAGACUUGGUUUGGGAUUCAGUCUUGAGAUUGUAUAAAGAUGAUAUAUAGGGCAGCUGUGUAAAUGCUAUGAUGAGGAUGAAUGCCCUGUUCUGAUAGAAAAUUAUUUAAGGACAUUUUGGCAGCGGUGGGAUGGUAAUUGAAUGCAACCUCUCCAGCUGUUUAACAGUCAAGGAGUAGAAUAGGGUGAGACAUACUGUGUAUGAAAGGGAAGGAAAAGCAGGAAACAUGAACAGUGAAAGCAAAAAUAACUUUCAUCUUUUGUCAGUGGUAAUAAGAAUUAAACCAUAAAUAUUCUGACAUGGGAAAGAAUUUUGGGCAAUGCCACAGGAUCAUUAAUAUGGAUCUCUGCAGUACUGGGAUAGGGUAUCCUCUCCACAACUGAGAACAAAUCUUAGGUGCUAGCUGAUUUAUGAGAAAUAGGUUGAUAAUCCAGUGAUGUGUAGACUAGACCAGCUGUAGUGUUUAUGAUACUGACUGCUGUGGAUGUCAGACUCUCGCUACAGUAUCUGCAGGAUGUGUUAAAAAAGAACUUUAUCCCAUUACUUUUGCCACAGUAAAGCCAUGACAGCUGUGUAAUUGAAAAAGAUAAUGCCAGUCCAUGACCAUUAUAAUAUACAAGGAAUUUUGGUUGUGCAGAACCAAGAAACACCACCUGCUUUAUUACAAAUGGGCCUAUGUUCUUUUCUUCUCUGGCCUACUGUUUUGGAAAUCUUACCAUACUAUAUGCAACAAUAUAUUAUCAAUGCUCUUUUAUUUUAUUGUAUGUAAACUGUGUAUAUUUUGACUGUGCAAUAAUAAAGCUUUUUGUGCAUGUC